AUGAACAUUGCUAAAUGGCUGCCAAUUGUAACUGAAGAAAAUAAGCGGCUGUUUAUUAAUUGCAAACAAUUAAGACAAGAUAGUGAUUUGCUUAUAUUACAGUUACUUAAGUUUCUAGAACAUAUUCAAUUACAAAACAUCACACAUCAAGCACAAUUAGAGAAAUUGGAAUUAAUUGUGGAAACAUUACAAAGAAUAGUAGUUAGAUAUAAAAGUACAACAUUUAAAAUAGAUAUUCAACCAAUGAUUGCAAUGUUCAAAAUGCAACAAAUAACUGAUAUUGUGUGGAAAAAUAAAUUAAAAAUAUCAUAUUUAAUACAAGAGAUAAUAACGGAAACUUUAUUUUUAAUGUCACAGUCAUUUAAUGACUUGUUAUCAUUAGAUGCUAAAUAUAAUUUAAGUAAAAAAGCAUUGUUUUCAAAAAAUAAUUGCCCACCAUUAAUGUAUCCAAUGCGAAAAUUGUCAAUUACACGUAUAUUACAAAUAUUAGCUCAAAGUCGUGCUGAAUUAUGUUGUCAUCGUUUGAUUGACAGUCUACUGGAGAAUUAUAAACCAGCUGACGGUGGUGGAGGUGUUACAAAUAAUGGCGAUGACAAUUCAGAUAGUUCCAGCAUUGAAAUUUACAGAGCUUUAACAAGACAUAUGACACCACCAAUUGAAAAUCUUACUACCGAAUCUGUGAAUCCACAAUCUAAACCAGAUGAUAAUGUUUCAACAGCAUCAUUUAUAAGUAAUGAAGAAAAUUUACAAGCCGUGGAGAUAUUAAUAAAUACUGAACAAAAAUUAGUUAAUAAUUUAUUAAAUAUUGCCAAAAUAAUUGUUCCAAAAAUGUUUGGAGCUGAUGGUGUGAAGAAAUCAAAAACUACUGGUGAACUACGAAUAAGUCAAAAAGUGUCGAAUAAAGUCAUAGAAUACUAUGAACAAAUUUUAUGGGGUGAAGUAGGUAAUUAUUUAGAACAUGUUGUUUUAUGGUGGGGUGCAUCACCAUUAGCAUCAAGACCACCUCAUUCGAGUCAACAUUUAAGAGAAUGGAUUGUACAAUUUACACCGACAGCUACCAUUCCACAAGUGAUAAUUGGCGCAUUACAUAGCUUAGCAGAUGCAUUAGGGUGUCAUGUAACAUCAACAUCUUGGGAUCAACAUUUUCGUAAUACAUUAGUGGCUGCAUAUGGUAAUAAUAAUACUAGUAACAAUAAUAAUAACAAUACAUUGAAUAUGAGCAUACCACUCAACAACGUAGCAGUAUCGUCAUCAUCUGAGACAGCCGGAAAAUUAUUUGCUGAUAUGUUACAUGACUUGGUAACACUAUCAAAUCAAUGUGAGGUUACGAACGAAUGGAUUGUGGGUGCACCAGUAGAAGAAUUACCAUUAGUUGAACAAAUACCAGUUUUACAUCGUUUAGAUCACACAAUACAUACUACAAGAUUGUGGGCAGCAAGUGAAACACGUAAAUUAGCGAAUUGUUGGAAUGUUGAUAGUUUUUUUAUAAUAAUUCAAUGUGAUAUUAAAGCAUGCUUAUCAGAAUUAAAUGGUUUGCGUUUAGAUGAUCACACUAUUGAAAUUGAAAAAGGUGGUUUGGAUGUCCAUGUUCAAGUAUGUGCUAAUAUGCGUGAGAAAUUAGUUAGUGAAGUUAAAGUGAAUAUUGACAAACUCAAGUUAAUACCUCAAGAAUGUUUGGAUGUCUUGGCAAAAGUAUGCCGUACUUUAUGUUUAGCAAAUUUACAAAUGGUAUUUCCAAGUCAUAAACAUUGGAGAAAAGUAUCGAAUGAAAUACCAAAAACACCAUUUUCGUAUGUUGCAACAUAUUUAGAUCGAGUUCUAUUACCUGUGCUCGAAGCAACCAAUGAUCAUGUCACAAACAAUAUGAUAUUACGUAUAAUGUGCGAAGCGUGGUUGGACCAUAUUUAUAUAAAUAGAAUAAAAUUUACAAGAUACGGAGCUUUACAACUAUUAACAGAUUUUGCGAGCGUCAAUGAUUGGUUAAUAAAUUGUGCAAUUAUCACUCAAGAUGUUCGUAAACAUAUGCUGCGUAAUGAAGUGUUACGUCGAUGUGAAGGUGUUGGACGAAUAUUAUUACGAUCGCCCGGUGAACAUAUUGAUAUGGAUGAAAAAGUUAAAAAAAGUGAAACAAAUGAACAAGGACAACAAAAAGCUAAUGGAAAUAACGAAGGAAAUCAAUCAGAAUCAGAAGGGGAAGGACAUGAACGAAUGCCAGCCGAAAUGUAUGUACCAAAUCAAGAACAAUGGCUAGAAUUGCGUGCAAUUAAAAAGAAAAAAACAUUAUUCUUACCAACCUUAUGUUGUGAAGUUGAUAGUUGAUGAUAUUUAUUCGAAAUAGUUCUAUUUGUUUAUUUCGUUUUGUAAUGAAUUAUUUAUGAUA